AUGGUUCAAUGGAAUACAAAUGAAAAAAGUGCUUUUAUUGAAGAACUUCGAUCCAAUCCAGAUUUAUACAGACUUCGUCCAUUAAUGACUGAAAAAAUCUAUUUAAUAUCAAAAAAUUCCACCGAAAAAGAUUAUGUUCAAUUUCUAUUCGACACACUUGAACAAUUCUUAGUUGCUCGUGAUCAAUUAAUUGAAAAUCAACUCAAUCCAACUGAUGAGAACUUGAAAUUAGCAACAGGCCUUGUCUGGAUACUUUAUGAUUCACGCUUGUUUAAAUAUAUACCUGAUCAUUCGAAUGGAACAGCUGAUAAUGAUCACGUUGGUGAUAUAUAUAAAAAUAUUUCAUGGAAACUCAUUUCAUCAAUUGAAGAAACCCGACCAUUACUUAUUACUCCAAAACAAGCAUUUGAAAAGAUCUUCACAAAUCUAUAUCAUUCAUCAAAUCAAUGUAUUCGUGAUGUUCUUGAAAAUAUUACAUGUGAAACAUUUUAUAAUCGGCAUUUACAACAAAUGAAAACAUUUGACGAAAAACCUAUCUAUGUUGGUCAUUUACAUACCGAAAUCUUAGUGAUCGAUUAUUUAUUAAAAAACAAGAUCGUCGAGACAAAUAAUUCCAAUGAAUUUGAAAUAGGUAUUUCAAAAAUGCCUUGUUUACUAUGUUCAUAUUAUAUUGAUGCAUUAAAUAAAAAACAUGGUCGUUGCUUUUAUGAAUGUGAUUCAACCCAUGGAAAAAUUUAUUUAAAGUGGAUAUACAGACAUGAUGAAGAUUCGUCAAUCUUAAAUUCAAUUAAUGAAAAAUUAAUUGAGAAAAUUCAACACUUAAUUGAAAAAUUAUGCCUGGAAAGUGAUCGUGCUGGUCCGAAAAAAAGUGGUGACAGUGAUAUUAUGUUCACUUCAAUUGAAGGCGAUGAAUUUGACAAAGAAAUAUGUGGUGAAGUUCGUCCUUAA